CUCUCUCCGCCUUCCCCGGAUCUCACUCGCACGCUCUCUAUCCCCACACUCUUCUCAUUCCAACUCAUCUUCUCAUUCGAAUCAGCCCUCCUCAUCCCUCACUCCACUCCACCACCCUAAUACCUGCCAAGCCUUGUCCCGGUUAAACCCAAAUUCACAGGCAUCUUGCUAGCUCCCCCCCAGCAACUCUCUUACACACACGCAAAUCUCACAGCACUCAGUCCCACAUACCAUGUCAACCUCAACACUCCAGCUGCUGCCCACAACUGCGACAGAGAUCGCUCAGCUCGACCCCGCAACCCUUGCAUCCAUCCCUGGUGUCGCCUACGACCUCAAACGCCUCAAAGUCUACUCGUCCUGUCUUCGCUGCAGAGCCAAGAAGGUCAAAUGCGACCGCAAGGAGCCCUGCUCCCGAUGCGAGAAACAUAAUGUCGAGUGCUCCUAUCGUGAACUCGCCUCUGUCCAACUUGAUAUCCGCCAAUUCCAGCGACACCUCACCAACCCCAGGAUCCGAAAGGAUGGCGCAGGCAUCAUCACCUCGACCGCGACCCCGAUCAUCACCUUGCCCUCGGGUGAUACGGCCGUGCUCUCCCCCUCGACAACGGCGGCUGCCACAUUGAUCGCUGCAGCCAAGGCAACAGCUUUGACGGGUAACGGUGACGGCAACACGAAGAAGACACAUGGGGAGAGAAGAUCGGCAAAGUCUUCCUCAUUGACCUCUACCUCUAUCCCAGCCUCGCCUGUGGAGUCAUCCGCAUCCAAAUUUGCGCUUGAGAGCACUAGCAGCACCGAUACAGAGUCGGAUACCCCGACACGUGCUCACUCGAGCAAGGCUGCUGCCAUGGCGCGCGCCAAGGUUAACAAGCUUCAACGCCGCAAGUUUGCUGCCAAGGUUGCCAAGAGGGACCGUGUCGAGUUUUAUCGCCAGGUCCAGGCCGAUGAUGACAUGGACGACGACGACGAUGAUGAUGAGGAGGAGGAAAUCGAACGUGUCGUCCUCAGAGAUAACGCAAACUCGGCCGCAAGACGCGCAUAUGCUCAUGCGCAGUCGUCCGACGUGAACAUGUCGUCCGAAAGCGAGGACGACGAGAACAACAUCCCCAUUUGGAAGGCCCAAGCCGUGGGCAAGCACAAGCAAACUGCGCACGAGCAGGAGCUGGCCGAGACGUUCGGCCUGGCCGCGUACCUCAAGGCCAAGGAGAUGGAGUCUGGUCAGGCCGGUCAGACCAUCGAUUAUGAUAUAGAGUUGGAGCGCGCCUUGGUCCAGCGCCUGCCUACGUCUUUCUCGCGUCCGGACCGCUCCCUGUCGCGCGCUCGCAAGUAUGCCCAGGCAGGGUAUAACCCUUCGCUGCCCUAUGCCCGUCCAUCGUACUGCCAGCUCUCGAGCUUGUCAAGCGCCGUACCCCUUCCUGUGGCCGCUCAUUGCUGCUGCCAGAUUGCGGCCAAGCAAGGCCAGGCUCCCGGAACCUGCUAUUUCUCCGGAAACACGAACCGGAGUGCGGCCUAUGACAGUUCCUCGAUGUCUCCUCCGCCUCAGACAAUCGGGUACGACCAGGGGGAUUCUGCUCGCAUCCAAUACUCGCCCUCAUGCCAGCCCUCGUACACGCCCAAGGACGAGACCGCGACUGCCAAGCCCGACUGGUCCGCAUCUUCACCCGCAUCGUCCAUGAUGCCUCCACCUCUUGCGCCUCUGCGAAAGCUUGACAUUGGGGCCACGUCUGCAUCGACCUCUCCGCUGACAUCUCCAAGGAUCGAAUUGCCGCCGAUUUACCUCCCAAGGCUGCCGCCAUACCCGACCACACCUGCGUCGUCGGAUCUGUCGAGGUUCCAGGUGGGACGCGAUGGCGAUGCGGAGAAGCCGCCGCUAGAGAUUGCGUGCAAGUACAAUGAGCCGAAUGUGGACGCUUGGGAUAUGAUCGAGAAGCCGAUUUCGAGGACGGUGCCCGUGACGACGAAGCGGGGUCGUUCGGUCAAGAUGGAGAUGGGUUGGAUUCUUUCGUAAGAAUGAAGAAAGCACACGCGUUCAUUUCCCUCUCAUUCUCUUUCUUUCUUUCUUUCUUUCGAUCGGUCGACCGUGAAAGACGUUGAUCUUUUUUUUUUUCUAGUUAUUUUUAUUGCAUAUUUGAAGUUUUCUUGUUGAUAGUUUAC